AUGAUUAAGCAUCUCAGCAAAACUAGCCUCCCGAGAAGCCUUAGAAGAUUUUUAUCUUCUCAAGUGUCGACAGCUUCGAACUUCAAAACAACCGUUUUGCCUAAUGGGUUGACAGUGGCUAGCGAAUUUAUGCCAGGUACGAAAACCGCCACCGUGGGAAUGUGGAUUAACGCUGGUUCCAGAGCGGACAAUCCUACAAGCAGUGGAACAGCGCAUUUUUUGGAACAUUUGGCCUUCAAGGGAACAUCGAAAAGAUCCCAAUAUAGUCUAGAAUUAGAGAUUGAGGAUUUGGGAUCUCAAAUCAACGCCUAUACCUCUCGUGAGAAUACCGUUUACUACACAAAAUGUUUGGCUAAUGACUUAGAGCAAAACGUGGAUAUAUUGAGUGAUUUGCUUACGAAAUCCAAACUCGAGCCUUCAGCGAUCGAGAAGGAAAGAGCAGUGAUCCUACAAGAGAGUGAUGAGGUUGACAAAAUGUUUGACGAGGUUGUUUUCGACCAUUUGCAUGAAAUAGCCUAUCGAAACCAGGAUUUGGGCAGAACAAUCCUAGGACCAAGAGAGAAAAUCAGAACCAUUAAUAGAGAUGACCUCGUUAACUACAUCCAGACAAACUAUAAAGGUGACAGAAUGGCCUUGAUUGGGGCUGGUUGUGUCGAUCACGAUGAGCUUGUCAAGAAUGCUCAAAAAUACUUUGGUCACAUCAAAGCUAGCGACGUGCCUUUCAAGCAACAUGGUGAUGAUUUGCCUAUCUUCUAUGGGGCUGAGAGACGUAUCCAAGAUGAUUCUUUGCCCAUAACCCAUGUCGCGUUAGCUGUAGAGGGAGUUAGUUGGUCUGCACCUGACUUCUUCACUUCUUCUGUUGCGAAUGGUAUCAUAGGUUCAUGGGAUAGAUCUAUUGGUAUUGGUUCGGACUCUCCUUCGCCUUUGACAGUUACUGCGGCUAUGGGAGGACCAGGCAACGAACCCAUCGCAAAUUCUUAUAUGGCUUAUACCACUUCGUAUGCUGAUACAGGAUUAAUGGGUGUGUAUUUCACUGCAGACAGCAACACAGACAUGUCGCUAUUUGUGAAUGCGGUGUUGCACGAAUGGGCCCGAUUGAAAUCUGGAAACAUUACCGAGGAGGAGGUCGAAAGAUCCAAAGCUCAAUUGAAAGCCUCUUUGGUAUUGGCAUUAGAUGACUCUACAGCAAUCGCCGAAGAUAUCGGAAGGCAAUUGGUGAACACCGGCUUCAGAUUAUCACCAGAAGAUGUUUUUGAAAGAGUGGAGAACAUUUCGAGACAAGAUGUGAUUGAUUGGGCAAACUACAGAUUGAAAGACAAGCCAAUAGCAAUGUGUGCGUUGGGAAACUGUAAGACAAUUCCCUCUCACAAGGACCUUGUGAAAGGAAUGUCUUGGUAA